AUGUUCGGGCAGAUAUGCAAAAUUGAAAACUCAAGUCGCCCUCUCCGUCCGUCAUCAGAGAAGGAGCAGAGCAAGUGAGAAAACAAAGUCUGUUUUCCAAUCCCCAAUUCGAAACCCUAAUCCUCAAUCUCUCGUUGAUUGUCUGUGAAGUUAGAAGGUAUUAUAGUAAAAAUUGCACACAAUACGUGGUGGUGGAAUAGUGAAUUCAAUUGAAGAGAUGAUGAGCUCUGAUUCAACCAACAAUGGCACAGUCGAGAUCACGUACAAAACAAUCGGCCCAGCUCGGCCGUCUCAAAUCCGAGUGGCGUCUCAAAGUUGGUGAUUUGAGAAAUGCAAUUGCGGAAAAGGGUAAAUUUCCAGUGGAAAAUUUGAGGAUGAUUCUUCGUGGAAAGGCACUGCAAGACGAAGAAGAUGGAGAUGAUUUAUACGUUAAACUCAAGGACAAAGAUUCCUUGAUCGUUGCUGUAAUACCAAAGCAACCAGCUGGAGCUGAGACCUUUGAGGAUGAUGAUGAUGAUGAUUUGAAGUUUAAGCUCCCACCAUCAGCAAACCGGUGGAAGAGGAAGCUUUAUUACUUUCUGCGUAACAAGUUAAAGCUUCCAGAUAUCAUUCUUAUGGGACUUUUCUCUUUAAGUCUGAAGAUGUGGGUUAUUAUCACCUUAUGGUUUAUCUUGGCGCCUAUUGCCCAUCGGUGGAAACUUGGCCCUAUAUUUUUACUAGGGACUGGCUUUUCAAUCAUCUUGCUCAAUCUUGGUAAACGACAGCCUGGUGAUGUUAGAUGUCAAAUUCAUAACAUAAAGAAGAGGAAACUCUUGCUUAUUUGAGGAAAUAUAUACACUAAACGUUAACAUCCUUGGUCACGUGGAGAAUGUGGGAAAAAAAGUCUGGAAGCAUAAGAUUCUGCUAGUAUUCUUAUUAGCUGGCAAGUGGAAUCCUCAUGAGUUUCGAGCUGUGAAAAAUCUUCACUUUUGAUUGUUAGAACUGAAUAAGUUCGGUCUUUUUUCAUGCUUUCUUUUGCAGUGCAUAUUCCAUAUUCAACGAGGACUUUAGAGAGCUUCCGGGUACGUACAAUGCAGAUCGUAUAGAUCGGGACAUACGAGCAGGCCAGAUAUGAUCAAAACCAUUGCUUGGUAAGAUUCACACUAACAGACAAAAAAAAAAACUUAUAUCCAAUGCGCAAACCAAAAGAUCAGUUUUUUGUCCUGUCCGAUUGAGACACAACACAGAGCAUGACAGUACUUGAGACCAAAAUUCCUAUUGAUGUACAUGAUCUAAUCUUUUUGGUUCCAUGAUCAAUGGUCCGUGUUGUACUCGAAUAUUGAGAUUCCAUUAAUGUAUAAAAUAAAAUUAAAAGUGUGAAAUUAUAA